GGAGGGUUUCUGUGGUAGGACGGGGAGGUCCGCGGGGCCCGGGCGCGCCGCCCCAGUGCUCUGUGGGAUACUGGAAGUCUCGAGCGUCUCCUCCCGGUUCCCAGCCCCGGUCGGGCCCGCACUCAUCGAGACAGUCACACACCCCCCGGCCUCCCCUCUCUUCCCUCCCCGCCUCCCCUCCCUUCCCCUCCCCCUCGCGAUAAGAAGACCCGGCGGCCGGAGAGGGGAUGAAGAUGGCGGACGCGAAGCAGAAGCGGAACGAGCAGCUGAAGCGCUGGAUCGGCUCCGAGACGGACCUCGAGCCUCCCGUGGUGAAGCGUCAGAAGACCAAGGUGAAGUUCGACGAUGGCGCCGUCUUCCUGGCUGCUUGCUCCAGCGGCGACACGGACGAGGUCCUCAAGCUGCUGCACCGCGGCGCCGACAUCAAUUACGCCAAUGUGGACGGACUCACUGCCCUCCAUCAGGCUUGCAUUGAUGACAAUGUUGACAUGGUCAAGUUUUUGGUAGAAAAUGGAGCAAAUAUUAAUCAGCCUGAUAAUGAAGGCUGGAUACCACUACAUGCAGCUGCUUCCUGUGGAUAUCUCGAUAUUGCAGAGUUUUUGAUUGGUCAAGGAGCUCAUGUAGGGGCUGUUAACAGUGAAGGAGACACACCUUUAGAUAUCGCAGAGGAAGAGGCAAUGGAAGAGCUACUUCAAAAUGAAGUUAAUCGGCAAGGGGUUGAUAUAGAAGCAGCUCGAAAGGAAGAGGAACGGAUAAUGCUUAGAGAUGCAAGGCAGUGGUUGAAUAGUGGUCAUAUAAAUGAUAUCCGACAUGCAAAAUCUGGAGGUACAGCACUCCAUGUGGCAGCUGCCAAAGGCUACACGGAAGGCCAAACAGCCUUUGAUGUAGCAGAUGAAGACAUUUUAGGAUAUUUAGAAGAGUUGCAAAAGAAACAAAAUCUGCUCCAUAGUGAAAAACGGGAUAAGAAGUCUCCACUGAUUGAAUCGACUGCAAAUAUGGAUAAUAAUCAAUCACAGAAGACCUUUAAAAAUAAAGAGACACUGAUAAUUGAACCAGAGAAAAAUGCUUCACGUAUUGAAUCUCUGGAACAAGAGAAGGUUGAUGAUGAAGAAGAAGGAAAGAAAGAUGAAUCUAGCUGUUCUAGUGAAGAAGAUGAGGAAGAUGACUCAGAAUCAGAAGCUGAAACAGAUAAGACAAAACCAGUGGCUUCUGUAACUAAUGCCAACUCUUGUAGUACACAAGCAGCUCCUGUAGCUGUUACAACACCUACUUUGUCAUCCAGUCAAGGGACACCCACCUCACCUAUUAAGAAGUUUCCAACCUCUACUACAACUACAAAAGUUUCUCCCAAAGAAGAAGAAAGAAAAGAUGAGUCACCUGCAUCUUGGAGAUUAGGACUUAGAAAGACUGGAAGUUAUGGUGCACUUGCUGAAAUCACAGCAGCAAAAGAAGCUCAGAAAGAAAAAGAUACCGCAGGAGUUAUACGUUCAGCUUCAAGUCCCAGACUUUCCUCCUCUUUGGAUAAUAAAGAAAAGGAGAAAGAUAGUAAAGGAACACGGCUUGCAUAUGUUGCGCCCACAAUACCAAGACGAUUAGCCAGUACAUCUGAUAUUGAAGAGAAGGAAAACAGAGAAUCUUCAAGUUUGCGAACAAGUAGUUCUUAUACAAGAAGAAAAUGGGAAGAUGAUCUUAAAAAAAAUAGCUCUAUUAAUGAAGGAUCCACUUACCAUAAAAGUUGCUCCUUUGGUAGAAGACAAGAUGAUUUGAUUAGUUCUAGUGUUCCAAGCACCACAUCAACACCAACAGUUACCUCUGCAGCUGGGCUUCAGAAAAGCCUAUUUUCCAGCACAAGCACUACUACAAAGAUUACAACGGGUUCUUCCUCAGCAGGCUCACAAAGCAGUACCUCAAAUCGUUUGUGGGCUGAGGAUAGUACUGAAAAAGAAAAGGACAGUGUUCCUACGGCAGUGACCAUUCCUGUUGCUCCAACUGUUGUAAAUGCUGCAGCUUCUACCACAACCCUGACUACAACUACUGCUGGCACUGUCUCCUCCACAUCGGAGGUCAGGGAAAGACGCAGAUCAUACCUCACUCCUGUUAGGGAUGAAGAGUCUGAAUCCCAAAGAAAAGCAAGAUCUAGACAAGCAAGACAGUCUAGACGAUCAACACAGGGAGUGACAUUGACUGAUCUUCAGGAAGCGGAAAAAACAAUAGGAAGAAGUCGUUCUACCAGAACCAGAGAGCAAGAAAAUGAAGAAAAAGAAAAAGAAGAGAAAGAAAAACAGGAUAAAGAAAAACAAGAAGAAAAGAAAGAGUCAGAAACAUCUAGAGAGGAUGAAUAUAAACAGAAGUACUCAAGGACAUAUGAUGAGACUUAUCCACGUUACAGACCAGUAUCAACUUCAAGUUCAACCACUCCAUCGUCUUCACUUUCUUCCUUGAGUAGUUCACUGUAUGCUUCAAGUCAACUCAACAGGCCAAAUAGUCUUGUAGGUAUAACAUCAGCCUACUCCCGAGGAUUAACAAAAGAAAAUGAAAGAGAGGGAGAAAAAAAAGAAGAGGAGAAAGAAGGUGAAGAUAAAUCGCAACCUAAAUCAAUCCGAGAACGUCGUCGACCAAGAGAGAAAAGAAGAUCUACAGGAGUUUCCUUUUGGACACAAGAUAGUGAUGAAAAUGAACAAGAACAACAAUCAGAUACAGAAGAAGGGUCCAAUAAAAAAGAAACUCAGACGGAUUCUGUUUCUAGAUAUGAUACCAGUUCCACAUCAUCUAGUGAUCGGUAUGAUUCCUUACUGGGUCGCUCUGGAUCGUAUAGUUACUUAGAAGACAGAAAACCUUAUAGUAGCAGGCUAGAAAAGGAUGACUCAACUGACUUCAAAAAGCUUUAUGAACAAAUUCUAGCUGAAAAUGAAAAGCUAAAGGCACAGCUACAUGAUACAAAUAUGGAACUAACAGAUCUUAAAUUGCAAUUGGAAAAGGCCACCCAGAGACAAGAAAGAUUUGCUGAUAGGUCACUAUUGGAAAUGGAAAAAAGGGAACGAAGAGCCCUAGAAAGAAGAAUAUCUGAAAUGGAAGAAGAGCUCAAAAUGUUACCAGACCUAAAAGCAGACAACCAGAGGCUAAAGGAUGAAAAUGGGGCCUUGAUCAGAGUUAUAAGCAAACUUUCCAAGUAGAGUUAAAAAACAAAAGCAAAAACAGAGCAGCAGGAAUUGCACAUACUAGUUACCCAGUGGACCAUAAUUGGCAGUCACUGGAAGCCUGAGAAGAAUCCUUGGAGACUGUCAUUUUCGGAUAUCCUGCCAAAUGCCCUCUUAUCUAGGAUUUUUGUUUGUUUAAUUUCUGGGAUUUUUGUUUUGUUUCGUUAUCAAGACCAUUGUUUCAUGUAAAUGCAGCUGCUGAGAUUUUUUUUUUAAUGACUGAGAAAACUUGUUUACAGCUCCAGCAUAUAAGGAAAGUGUUCAAGGCCAGGUAUGCCUCCGAUAUUUAACCAGUAAGCCUUAGUUGUACAUAGAUACUUUUGUGUCAACAGAAACUUUGAGCUCACAGAAGACAGUUAUUCAGCAUUUUUUGAUGUGCCACAGUUUCCAGUUUUUCAAUAUUUAAUUUUUUUUCUUUACAUCUAAGUUUGGGUUUGUAUUUCUUUCUUUCUAACUCUUCAUGUGGCAGAGUCUUCUAUGUAUUCACAGCUUUCUCACUUAACUGAAAAAAAAAACAACUUCCUCUUCUGAGGUAAUUGUCAUGUAUUAUGCUAAUGUAUUGUCUCCCACCUGAACCUGAAUUGCUUGGUGGAACAUUUGCUUUCACUGUUUGUGCAAUAUGCAUUUAUUUCUUAUAUGAAUGCUUUAAAGUCAGUUGUGAUUAGAUCUUUUAAGACCUGUUUUCUGUCUUCAUUGGUCACCUUUCGUUUUUGCUGUUUUUUUUUUAAUUGUAGUAUAAGAUACUAGAUUCUGUAACUUUCACAUUCAUUUUUAGCAGGUACUGAGUGAUGCUGUAUAUAUAAAUAAGUGUUUUGAUUUUUUAGAUCACCACAUGGCAUGCUUGACUAUUUUCUUAUUUCAAAUGUCUGUUAAUGCAAAGUAGGCUACUCCGUGAUAGUGUUAAAAACAAAUUUGCUAACAAUAUAAUACAACAACUUUAAAAGUUACACAUUAUAUGGAGCCCUAGCUUUACAAAAUUUUCUACUGUAAAGGACUUGUACUUUUAUUUUGUUUUUAUCUGAUAGUAUUCAAACAUAAUUAAAGUUGCAUAAGAUAAUUGCUUCACAUUUCACAUACCUAUAUUUAUCUGAGUGCUGUCUAAAACUGUUGUGCUAGCCAAAGUAAUGCUAUGAAAUCAUUUGCAGACCUAACCCGUGAGUUAAUGUUAAAUGCACUGUUAUUGCCAUAUGAAGAGGCAUUGACUUUGAUACCACCAUCAUGUUCAGACCAUUUUAUACAUUCAAUGGCCUUUUUAUAAAUGAGAAAGAAAAAAAAGCAAAACUAAGUAUAUAGCAAAGAUGGCUUUUAUUUGGACAAAAUAGCUUUUAUAUUUUCAUUAAACCAUGCAAAAAAUACUACAUCUUUUUGGCACAUAACUGUCUCCUUAACCACUGAACAGUUCCGCCAUUUGAAUAAAUUGUACAUUGUAAAGCUUAUAGUAGCUAACUGUAUUAUUGAGUGUAUUGUAUACUUUAUUAAGUGUGAAUUUGUACCCCUUCAUUUUAAAAGGUCAUUGUGUCCUACUGCCUAUUUUAGAUUAUUUUGGGGUUGGGGAAGGGUGUUUUGGUAAGCAGGAUUUCAGUCCUCUUUCUUGAUUGGUUUUAUGAAGAUAUAAGGUUAUGCUCUUACUACCAAGCUCAGGAUUCUUGAUUUUAAAGGUACAAGGAUAGUUGUGGGGAAUCUAUUUUUGGUUAUAUUUGAACUGUAUGAAUGGUGGGUCUGAAUAUAGUUUCCAUGGUCUCAUGUGGGAGGUGAAAUAUACAGAUAACUGAUCAGUUUGAGUGACGGCAACAUGUUCUGGUUGCACAACAGUAAGGCAUGCUGUGGUUUUUAUUUGUGAAGUUUGGAUGCCUGUGAAGAAUGAUUAAAUACAUGUUUCUAAUAUUUUAGUGUUUUGUAUUUAGGUUAUUUAUUCUUUGUAUCUAAAACUGAACAGCUACUGUGCUAUAUUGAUUUUAUUGGUAGUAUUGAGCAGACCUUGUUUCUGCAUGAAACUAGUUGCAAAACCCACUAUUUUGGAAAUAAAAAUGUAUUUUGACAUAUACAAAUAAAAUGAAUAAAACUA